AUGAUAAGAUUUAUUCUGAUUCAGAAUCGUGCAGGUUUUAUUUUGAUAACUAAAAUGUUUUUGAUCCAAUUUUUAUAUUAUUUAGGAAAAACUAGGCUAGCGAAAUGGUACAUGCAUUUUGAUGAUGACGAAAAGCAAAAAUUAAUUGAAGAAGUACAUGCAGUAGUUACUGUUCGAGAUGCAAAGCACACAAAUUUUGUUGAGUUUCGCAAUUUCAAAAUUGUUUAUCGGAGGUAUGCCGGACUUUAUUUUUGUAUUUGUGUUGACAUAAUGGACAACAACUUGUAUUACCUCGAAGCAAUACACAAUUUUGUCGAGGUUCUUAAUGAGUACUUUCACAAUGUUUGCGAACUCGAUCUUGUCUUUAAUUUUUAUAAGGUAUAUUCUGUUGUGGACGAGAUGUUUCUGGCAGGAGAGAUCCGGGAGACGUCACAAACAAAGGUACUGAAACAGCUAAUGAUGCUUAGCUCCUUAGAAUGA